UUGUGCGAGCGGGUCUGUCCAAAUGACGCUUGUGCAUCCCAUUAGAACCAUAUAGAGAGUGACAGAAGGAGGGGCAAGGCGGCUGGGGGGGGGAUCCCCUAGGCAGUGCAAAGUGAUAGUCCGAGAGGAGUUGAAGGGAUGCAAGCCAUGGAGUUAAAGUGACGGACGAGAGAAGAUCAAGAGAGACACCAUCAUGGCGAGCCUCCCCAAAGACCCACCUGAGGACUCCACCAAACAGAGCUUCUGGAUGCCUGGGAAUUAUGUGCGUACGGUGCACAGAACCCAGCAGUCCUACCAGGCGUGCAACGACAUCAUGGCCUGCUUCACGGAGAGGGCCAGGGUGGAAAAGCAGUAUGCCCAGCAGCUCAGCCAGUGGAGCAACAAGUGGAAGUCCAAAGUGGAUUCACGGCCGCUUUACGGCUCCCUCAUGACGGCCUGGCAGAGCUUCUUCACCUCCACCGAGCGGCUGGCCGCCCUGCACUCAUCCAUCUCGCAAUCUCUCGUGGUGGACGAAGGUGAACGGGUGAAGACCUGGCAGAGGGAGUCCUUUCCCAAAAAACUCUUCUGCGGGUUCCGAGAGAGCCACAACAACAAGACACAUUUUUCACGAACGCAGAAACCCUGGAACCAAAAGCUGACCAAGCUGGAGAAGGCCCGGCUCGUGUACCACAAGUCCUGUCAGAAGGAGAUGAGCGCCGCGGAGAAGGAGAAACAAGCAAAUGACAACCCUGAUUUAAGUCCAGAAAAAAAGCAGAAAGUGACGGAGGCCAGAGAGAUCGCCACAGAGGCGAAAGAGAAGGCCCGAGAGCGCUACGAGAAAACCCUGGAGGAUGUGACGAGCUACACGCCUCGCUACAUGGAGGAGAUGGAGGCCAUUUUUGAGCAGUCACAAGAGGAAGAGAGGAAACGCAUCAGCUUCUUGAAGCAGGCCUUCCUCUCCAUCCACCGGCAUCUUGACGUCACCAACAACGAGGACGUGAAGGCGGUGUACAGUGAACUCCACCAAACACUCAUGUCCAUCAAUGAGCUGGAGGACCUCAAAUGGUGGAAGAACAAUCACGGUCCUGGCAUGCUCACCAACUGGCCAAAGAUUGAGGAGUGGGUUCCACCUGUGAAAAAGCUGAAAAGGAAAAAGAGAGAGCAAAAAGGCAAAGAGGGUCGCCCAGUGAUGAUCGGAGGUGUGAAGGUGCGAGCCCUGUACGACUACGUUGGGGAAGAGGGUGAUGAGCUCUCCUUUAAAGCAGGUGAGGAGUUCCUGAAGGUGGAGGAGGAAGAUGACCAGGGAUGGUGUCGGGGGGUCCUGAGUGGAGGGAAGGAGGGUUUUUACCCAGCGAAUUAUGUUGAACUUGUUGAAUGACUUCCCAAACUACUAUGUCCUGAAGUUAUUUCUCACAAUAAUGUGUUUUCAAAUAUUCUAAUUGUCAUACAGUAUUUACUAGUUAACAUCUUAUUUAUGUUGCCACACUUUGGUUUGAAACAAUAUUUAGAAAAAGCUUCAAAGUUCUAAUCCUUGGGUGUAUUCAUUAAUUUAUUCAAAGCAACAAUGUGUGUGUGUGUAUGUGCGCGUGUGUUUGUGUGUGUGUGUGUGUACAUCCCAAAACAGUUCAAAAGAAUGGGGGAUGGUCUUUCUUACAUACAACUCCAGUAAAGUUUUCCCGGGCACAGGUUUACUAUAAGACUGUAUGUGUAUUGUUCACAUGGUUAAUGUUUACUUUAUGAGUAUCAGAGGGAUUCCUUUUGAAAAUUAAAUAAAUGUUUUGCAAACAGUUCAUACAAUUUAUCCACACCUUUUUGUUCAAAGCUGUAAAAUAAAAACGCAUGGAAAUGUGACAUACUGUAAACUGAAGUUGUUGAGGUUGUUAUACUGUAUUUUUUUAUAAUCUAAUGCAUAAAUAAAUUCACAUUGAUCAAAAAGUUAAAGCAAUAUAAUAUUCUUAAUAAAUAAUAAUAAUGACUACAAAACACAUUAAAUUAGAUAAUAAUUAUGCAUAAAUGACUGCAAAAACAAUUUCAUGUUAUAUGGAUGGCGACCAGUCCAGGGUGUACCCCGCCUGUCGCCCGAAGUCAGCUGGGAUAGGCUCCAGCAUGCCCCCGUGACCCUAAUGAGGAUGAAGCGGUAUAGAAAAU